AUGGACGCUGGUUGUGAUUUGAACGGAUACGUUUCUGAUAUAACGAGGUGCUACCCCAUAAAUGGAGAAUUUACUCCCGCCCAACGGACCCUCUAUGACGCCCUGCUAUAUGUUCACGAACAACUACUGGUUUACGCCAACGAUAUGGAGAAGGUCCGUCUGAGCCAUCUAUACAGUCGUAUGAUUGAGCUGAUUGCAUCAGCAAUUCUAGAAGUCGGUUUGUUACCACAAUCCGUCGAUCACAGACAAUUGCUUGACACUGCCGAGUCAUUGUGCCCGCAUCACGUCAGUCAUUACCUCGGUAUGGACGUUCAUGAUUGUCCCACUAUAUCGCGCGACGUCGAUGUCCCAGCUGGUACCGUCUUCACGAUUGAACCGGGACUCUAUAUCCCAACCAAAUCUUCCUUUCCAGAGGAGUUUCGAGGUAUAGGAUUUAGAAUAGAAGAUGAUGUUGUAGCGACCAAAGACGGUAUAGAAAUACUGACCGAUACUGUACCUCGUUCUUCUAAUGAGAUAGAAUAUCUCAUGCGAUCUCGAUAA